AUGAGCGCCCAAGGCCCCGCCGCCCUCCCGCCGACGACGGUGCUCACCACCAAGCCAAUCUCCCAGUCCGAAGCCCACGAGUUCCUAGCCAUGUACCUGGAGCGCGCACGAACCGACGCCUCGCUCCAGCCAAACGCCAGCGUCAGCGAGAGCGGCCCCGUGUCCCGCACAACCUCCGCAGCGCCAAACCUGAUCCUCCACAAUCUGAAGCGCGUGCAGGCCGGUCUGGCCGGCGACGUGCUGGGCCGGGAUCUGACCGUCCAGAAGAUGAAUCCCGGCGAGGAUUACCUGGAUGUUCCUGCUGCGGGGGCGUCGACUGAGCAGGGGGAGAAUGGCGAGGAGCAGGGGGAGAAGGAUGAUCUGGAGAUGAAGGAUGUGGAGAUGGAGACUGAGGCGGAGGCUUUUGCUGAGCAGGAGGAGCAGUCUGCAGUUGUGGAUAAGGAGGAGCGGAAGAGAAAGAAGAAGGAGAGACGGUUGGCGGAGAAGAAGGCCAAGGCGAAGAAGGAGGUUGACUCAGAUUGA